GACUACUAUCGAAAAAGUGGAAAGACAAUGCUUCCGAUAAAAUGGAUGCCUCCCGAGGCGUUUCUGGAUGGCGUUUUCACCACAAAAACGGAUGUUUGGUCAUUCGGUGUUUUGCUGUGGGAGAUGUUUACGUUGGGAUACAUGCCAUAUCCUGGGCAGACGAACAGUGAUGUCAUGCAAUUUGUGUCGUCUGGUGGCCGCCUGGAUCCGCCAGAGAAAUGCCCAGCUCGACUAAACAAGAUCAUGAUUCUCUGUUGGAACUCUAUAGCCGAUAUUCGACCGACGUUUUCAGAAAUAAUUGAGCUUUUGGAUAUGUGCCUUCAGGAUGACGAGGUGCUGAACGCUCCCGUGGGACUCUGUCACUUUGCAAUGGCGGAAAGUUUCAAGGACGCUUCAACGUUGGCCAAGUCAUCAUCAUACGACGCAGACAAUCAAGAGAUCGAUAAUACGCUUCAUUCCCCGUCCCCGUCAUCCGCAGCCGAGUUCAGGCCUCAUUUCGAGUCACAAAGUCGAGAACCGUUGUUAAUGGCUUCUCCAGACCAGUAGGGUGUCCGUAACAGUAUUCAUACACAAAAUUGGAACUUGAUUUGUGAGUACUGAUGUUCACAUAAUACGGUAUUGAGAUAUUCACUGACAAUUCGUGAUAUCCAGUGUAAGCAGUAUUAAUGCUGGUGAUUUGGAUUCUUAAUCUACAUGAAAAUACAAUGGUGCGAAUGAGCUUAAGGUAGUGCACCUCUAAUGGGCACAUAUCCAAAUAUAAUCUAAUUAAUUAUUUUCUUAAUCAGCAUCAUUUCACUGAACUACAUGCAAAUUUGUAAGUAGGCUUUCCAUGCUUUUUAAAAAAAUAUACCGAUUUUUUCAAAACCACCCCCACGCUCGGCUUUUGUCCAAUUUAUUUUCACCCCUGGGGUAUAUAAAAGUUCCAUAAUUCAUUCAAAUUUCCAAAUAUGGGCAUGCAGUUGGUGUGUACAGAUGCUGUAAAGGUGUUUAAAGUUUAAACAAGAUGAAAUAAGUAUUCUUUUACAGACAUUUAUUUUUUACAAUUUUUUAUCUAUGGAAGAGCACCAUGAAAUGUAAGUGAUUUCAGCCAAGUAAAAAUUGGGUCGGUUAAAAACAAAGUGUCAUAAAAUUCAAAAUAGUAUCAUUUAAGUCAUAUUUUAAACUUAGUUUUUACAGAAACACUAUAUACAGCAAAAAUACCAAGAACUAGACAGAUUUACCGUUUACUUUUUGAAAUAAAAAUAAAAAUGCAACAUGCAUGGUUCGUAUUUUCAACAGUAAAUCACCCAAUUUCGCCAUAACGUUGUUUUAAUUUUAAUAAUUGAAAAAUGUGCAUAAAAAUUGCAACAUAUUUAACAAUAAAUAUAGCUUAUAUGCCAUAUUAAAUCAAAUUACGUUAGAAAAUAAAUAAAACGCGUCGCAAAAAAGUAUACGUCGUCGGCAGGAUUCGAACCUGCGCGGGAAUAUCCCAAAAGAUUUCUAGUCUAUCGCCUUAACCACUAGGCUACGGCACCUAAUAGUAGGCUCUUCAACCUUCGAAGAAAUCGCGGGAAAUCAUUAGAGGUGCACUACCUUAAUUGACUCAUUGACUACACUGUGAUUUAAAAAAACAACAGUUUUGCUUGUAAACGCAAUUUAUCUUUAUCAUUCCGUAACUGUAACGUUAUCAUGCAGAAAUACGAAACGGAUCGCACAUUUGCAAUUUUUUUUAAUGUGACCUAAUAAAUAUAAACACACUCAUGUCUUGCAAGAUGUGCCACACAUUUAGAGUAAAGGUUUUAGCUAUAUCAGCACCUUCGCAUGACAUGCUCUAGAAAACAGCCUUGGACGUUAGGAGAACCACCACUAUUUGGAAGCAACUGGAGUAAAUAUGAGACAGCGUAAGAUAGGUUGAGAAAACAAUUAAGUUUAUAUGAGUAUUCACUGAUUGCAAUUAAAUUAUGAAAGAAUCACUUUAAGUAUUGUGCAUGGUAUGCUGAGACGAUUUGCAAAGUGCUGAUCAGUGCUCUUUCAAGCGCUUUGCCAUGUUUAUAUUUAAAUUGCAUAUAUUUGUCAGCAGUGUUUAUAGAAAAGGACAAACGCGUUUAAAGCUUCAAAUAUAUUGUGUGCAAUGUGGGUCAUAACCACGAAUUAAUUUCUUCAAGACGAAGUAUUGUUGUUGCUUUUGUCAAACGAAUUUGCUCAACAUGCGUGUGCCAUACACGAUAGGGGUGUGUUACUUGUUUAACAUUCCUAUUGUUUGAUAUCAUAAAGCAUGACAUGUGUUUUAUAUUAUUUUUUUCAAGAAUAUAUUUCUUUUUCGUUGAUUAAUACGCAUCAUUGGUGAUAAUAGAUACAAUACUUGUAUUAUUUGUUAGCAUAAAUUAAUACAAAUGGCUGCCACAUUGCACGUGACAAUGUUACGUUAACAUAGUAAUGUAUAUACUAUUUAAUCUACACAAGUUAUUGUCUCUUGUCUCUCUAUCAUGCUCAGUAUU